UUUGGAUGCCACAACGAAGGAAGUGCACUCUGCGGAAAUGCUGCUACUGUAUAUCAUUGUACUGCGGCAGCAUUUUAAUUUCAUUUUACACCAUCCUGUCAGGACUGUUAAAUGCGGCUACCUUAACCGAUGAACUUAUCUUCAGGAAAAAUUCCAGCACGGAUGUAUGGAUCAAAUGGUUCAAUAUCUGCCACGUUUGUCUUAUGAUUGCGGCCGCAGUGCUGCUGCUGGUGGCCGUCAUGACUAAACACAUUUUAUCAUUGCUGAUAUGGAUGGGACUUUUUGCGGUGCACAUUUUUGCGUAUUACAUUGCCUUCCAUGCCAUGGUAAAUGUGCGAAGUCCCUUUUUCGGUGAUGCUCUAUCUGGCUCCAUAUAUGUGUGCGUUAUACUCCUGACCCUGGGCAUUGAUAUAUUCUGCAUGAUUGUUGUCUAUUCGCGGUAUAACGAACUGAAGAAUCCACAUGAUUUCAUGCCCAAAUGUGUAGACAAAUAAAUGUUCAGGAAAUAAUUACAG